AUGCCAUCCUCAGUCAACAAUGGAUCCGAGGAUCCAUCGCGUGCUCGAAUCUUUUCGGCUAAACACUUUCUCAAUCUUGGCCUUCGAUAUGGACGAUUUCCUAAUUGGAAGAGUUACAAAGAAAGCCGAUGUAUCCAACGAUUCAAGCAACACUUUGGCAUGCAGCCACAGACGGUGGCAGAUGUGUGGCAAAAGUUGCGAGACAGUGACAAUUUAGACAUCCGGUUGAAGAAAAACGCCAAGCCAAAAGAGCUUCUCAUUGCCAUCCGUCACCUUUAUAAGUACCACAUAGAAGCAGAUCUUGCAAUGUUCUUCCGUAUCAAAACUGAGAAAACAGUUAGAAAAUGGGUCAAGCGAUACGUGAAAAAGAUAGCUCUGCUGUUGCCAGAGCUGGUUGGAACGCUAGACGACAAUGAUGAGGGCCUCAUUUUUUUCAUGUCAAUCGAUGGCACUCAUUGUCCAAUUGAGGAGCCUCGGCCAUGGUCAAAAAAGUGGAGCAGCCACAAGUUUGGAGGAAAGCCAGCUGUCAACUAUGAAUUGGGCUUAUUGUUGCACAAGCCAAAACUUGCUUGGAUUCACGGUCCAACCCCUCCAGGCGAGAUGAAUGAUUUGACUGUCUUUCGGAGCAAGCUGAAGGGCGUUCUUCCGGAAGGUCGCCGUUUGAUUGCUGAUGGGAUCUACGCAUCCGAGACAGAUUAUGUGAGCACCAAGAACGAUCUUGAUCCAAAGGCGCUUUCGAAAUUCAAGGACAAUGUGCUUUCUCGUCAGGAGAAUUUCAAUCAACGCUGCAAGUGCUUUGGUAUUCUGAAGCACAGGUUCCGACACCGUGGGUUUAGCAAGGAUUGGGAACAGCAACAUCAAACCGCAAUGCACGCGGUCUGUGUGCUCGUCCAGAUGCAGCUCGACAAUGGCACACAGAGGCUGCUAGAUCCUUAUUCAUAA